AACCAUCCUUUGGAUCUGUAAGUGACGAAAAAAGCAUGAAGCAUGGGUCCUCAGAAACCAAAACUGAUAUAGAAAUUAAGAAAAAAGAUAUUAAUGAGAGAAAUCAUGAAUCAUCAAUGGAAUCUGUAAGUGACAAGAAGGUCAAGAAUUUAAAUAAUAAUUUAACAGAUGUACCAUUUGAUGGAAAUGACUCUUUAGAGUCAUCUCAUGACGUAACUGCACCUCAAUACAUAGAAACAACACAACUUAAUAAUAAUAUUACAGACAAUCAUGAAUUUAUACUGGAUAAAGAAGUUGAUUAUGUAGAAACGCGUAUUACAAAUAAUAAAAAAGUGAUUAUCGAUCCUGGACAAAUUGAAAUCAGUUUGAGUUCAGAUGAAGAGAUUGAAAUAUAGGCGAUUUACUAAUAUAAAAUAAUAAUAAUGUUAAAGAAAUUUUAUAAUUAAAUUAAUAAUUAAAAUCGAAUGAUUUAUUAAUGAAUAAAGUAAAAAU